AUGGCUCCCCCAUCCGGACGACUUGCCAAAGCCCCUGUGUCUACAUCGCGAGACCUCGUACCGGUCGGCAAAAGGGAUGUCAUCGCGAAAAAUCCUACACGAAGGGAUGAGAACGGAAACAAGCCAUUGACUGCGAAAGCACUCGUCUUGCGUAACGGAAAAUAUGGUGCCCGCGGUACGGGAGAACUUGUGGCCGUGGGCAAAAUGAGCGGAAGGGAGAAACUCGAGCUUCUGGCUGAGGAUGCAAUUGAGCAGUCGAAGAAAGCUUUAGGGACGCCUUUCAGACUCGAAGAAUGUGCGAAGAUCGCAGAUUCUAUGCUGGCGGCGAGCUUGGAUGAGAUCAGCGAUUUGCAGGAUCCAGACUUAUUCCAGGCAAAAAUUGAAGCCGAAGUCAGAGCCCGUACGCCCCACAACCUCAGCGGAAAUGCUGUUGAUCCCUUCCGCAACGCUAGCAAUGUCUCCUCAAUUGUUGCAGCCAGAAUACACAAUGCGUAUAUGAUGGCGUCCGCCUGGAGGAUCAUUGGGGACACCUUGCGCGAUCUAGCGGAAGCAGGAGUUGAGGAUAGCUUGAUCAAGAGCCAACUCAAGAAGGAUGCCAAUUUGAGAGACAAGUACCUCGUGUUGUAUGACAUUGUGAACGUUGUGGCACAAGCGGGACAGGCCAAAUUUGCUCUUCUAGCAACGACUGCUCCUCAUUAUCACCAGUAUUUCAAGCGCAUUGAAGAGGAUGACUUGGACGAACCGGAGUACGUCUUCGACUGGAGUGCACUCAAAGAUGUUCACAAGUCAUUUAUCGACUCCAUCAUCGUGGAACUCUGUCUCCCUCAAUCCUCAAUGCCAAAGCAGAUAUUAUAUCAGAUUCUGCAUGACGCUAUCGCGGAGACUCCCCGAGAUGCGAAACGGUUUCCACAGGCGCUCUGGGAUGCAGUGGGUGAUCUUUCGGUAGUCGUGCAAUUGCAAGAAUACUUGGAGAGUCCCUUGCUGGGACCCGACGGUGAAGCCUGGAAGAAGUUGCCGCGGCAAAUGCCCGAGGACUACGAGGACUGGGUUGACGGCCAGGUCUUCUCUGGGAGAGCAUCUAAGAUGUGUGCGAACUUCAAAGACACCAUAUACCCGCUAUCUGUGACAAAGAAAUCACACGUCUUGCAGCACAUGUGGAAGUCCAUAAACUUGAAUUAUAAGGCAGAAUGUGGUCAAGAUAUAGAUACCCUAUGGCACUUGGACGACCUCAAGGAUAGGACCCCGCAGUGGCACGCCAUCUACGUGCCUCGCGAUACUGCAGGGUUUGACCACGACUCGGACGACGACCGCGGACCUCUGGUGCGUUCGGGCAAACCUGGUGGCAAACGCAAGGCUCCCCUUGCGAUCACGAACGGAGAUGGUGACGAGAGCGCGGGUUCGAUGCCGUCACUGCAGUCCGUAUCAGAUUCUUCCGACGAAGUUGAUUUUGAUGAAAGCGAUUCGUAUGACGAGGAUGAAGAGGAUGAAGAUGACGGCGAGAGUGGUUACGAUACUGAUGAGGAGGAUGCGCUUCGUGAAAUGCUUCGAGAGGCUAUGGACACUGCCAUAGCCAAUGAAUACCUUGACCAUAGGAAUGCAGCACCAGAUGCCGACAUCUUGGCUGAAGAACGGAAAGGCAAUCCUUUCCUCAAGUUGCUGGGUUCUUUGAGAGGGCGUAUGUUCUCUUCUAACCCCACUCUGAAGACCACCGAUCGCACAACACCAAGGCAUGCAUUCGCGGCCACAGCGCCUGCCGCUCCGCCUCCGCCAGGCGCUCCUGAUGUUGCUUCUACGGAAAAGCCUGCACCUUCUACGACCACUGGUUCCCAAAGUCGCAAGGCUACUGUAGAGACCGUAGAAGAUGAGGAAGAGGUUGCUGCUGCCAAGAAUAAGAAAAAGAAGAAGUCAAAGAAGAAGAAGAAACCCUCGACGGCUUCUGAGCCUGCAACUCCAGAUUUGCAGCAAGGAACGAGUAUGCCUCAAGCGCCGACUACCCCGGCUAUCCACGCUGCAUCAGAGGGACAAGCAGCUGGUGUCAGACCAUCUGCUCCGUCGGCUCAAACGAAAAAUGGUGUGCCCGCAACGCCGUCGACAGCGAACGCGUCAAAGCCUGUGCGCCAGGCAUCUGUGAACAGUUCGACGGCGACUUUAACGAACAUGUCGACGACGUCGCUGCCCUUGCAACAAACACAGUCUGCACAGUCUGCCCGUAAGUACUUGCAGACGGAAGGUUUGAACAAUAGCAAGACCAAGAUCAAAUCAAGGCCGGAUUAUGCAAACCUUGUCCCCAUCCCAGAAAAAAAGAAGGGACUAUUCAAUCGCUUCGGGAAGAAGGAUAAGACGGAAGAAGAUACCGUCUCUUCGAAGCAAGGGAGCAAAUUCAGCUUCUUCCAUAAGCUGUCAUCGAAGGCCAAGGUCCACAUGCAUCAGCUACUCAAUACUUCGGAGGAUGAGAAGAGAGGCCUUGCUCCUAUGAAAUGGGAGAACUUCUUGAAGGUGAUGCGUGAGAUGGGCUUCACAUAUGAUCCAAGUACCGCUGGCUCCUCUGUCAGGUUUGAUCCACCGGAUCCGCGCGAUACGCCGAUUACAUUCCACAAACCCCAUCCUGACCCAACGCUCCAGCCUGUGAAGUUGAAGGAGUAUAGUAAGAGACUGAAACGGUGCUACGGGUGGUCAGAGGAGGACUUUUAUAAGGCUGCCACUGCCGCUUGA